AUAUGUGCCUAUGAAAUCCAGUGUUCACUAUAACGGAGAAGUUGGUCUUUCAAAGCAGUAAAUUCCAAUCUUUAUCAGUUAUUCUUUGCACUUUGGCUCUGUCAUUUGUGAAUUUUUUUUUUUGUGAUUUUGUGAAAAAUUGUGGCUAUAGAUGCACUACAGGGUAUCAUUUUUGGCUGAAAUGUUUUGGUGGCUGAACUUUUGGUGCAUGUCUUUUAAAAAUAGCUUAUGUUCUAGCUCAGUAUAAAGAAAAGGUGGGAUUGUGUCGCAUGUAGUUUUAGAGUAAUAUAUAUUAUUAUAAUAUGUUCAAAUCGAAGUACCAAACCCAAAUGGAGUGUUUUAAGCUUCACUAAACUGCUGAACUGUGUAUGAUUGCGUGAGAAAGAUGUUUUUUUCAGUAAAGGAAUAUUCGUCAGACUGUCCCUGUCUGAUUUUAAAGGUGCCACAGAAUGCAUUUAUUCAGCAUUUAAAAUUGUCCUCUGAUGCCUACGUAGAAGGCCUGUGACUUUGGCCGGGGUAAAUGCUCAGAUGAGGUUUUACACGCCCAUUUACAGCCAUAUUAUUUGGCCCUAGAGUGAAACAAGCUGUUUUCCCUUUUUUGGUGGGCUCAUGAAUAAUCUGAUUUGCUGAUUUACAGUGAGGCACCAUUAUGGCUCACACAGAAUCAACGUGUCGACAUAAAUGAAUCUGUGUAAAUAAGGUCGUCAGCCUAUUUAGUUAGCUACACUAGUUGCUUGGAGCUAGCUGUAGCUAACGUUACCUAUACUAGCUACUUUCAGUCUUGACGACAACAACACAAAGUAAAUAAAAGUUGUUAGUGUGGUCACAAUGAAAAGUUUAAUUUAAGCUGAUCUGGCUUCAACUGCCAAAAAGUGGAUAAAAAUGACACAUACUGGCUGCUGCUUACAGGUUGCAGUUGGGGUUGUGAAGCUAAUGAAGUUGAAAUUGCCCCUCUCUUCGGUCUAUUCAAGGUCAAAUGCUGAGUGAAGCUUUCUAAAUAUUGUCUAAGGUUUGAGAAAGUCAAAGAAUCCAGAGUGAAAUGUGCAGAGCAAACUAACAACUUUAAUUCAAAACUUUUCCAGGAUCUUGUUAAAGGUGUGGGAGCUGAAGUUAGCUUCCUAAUCCGCUCCACCUUAAAUAGUGCCGCAUCACAUUCUGGAGCCUCUACAAGCUGCAGCUUUCAAGGUGGACUUGAACAUUUGAUUGAGAAGCCAACUUCAGCCUCAGUCUAAGAUUUACCAUGCCUGUUGACCUUAGUUAGGCCUUCAGAUAAAAAGUUGUACGUUUCUUGGAAAGGGUAUAAAAAGUGCUGACAUCACCUUCACAGCCUGGAACGAUAGAUAGUCUACCAUUUUCUGCUGUUGCUUCGUUGUUGUUAUAUGUAAAUUAUGGGGGUGUAAAUUCAAGACUGUUAGGUACCAGAUGAGGAUUUUUGGAAUUUACCACCCUCUUUUCCAAAUGCAGGAUUUGUGUUUGAAGGAGGAGACAACAGUGUUUCAGAUUCAUGGUGGAAGAAGGCAGUAAGGCUGCUGCUGUGAGACUUCAGGCAGGAGACGAGCUUAUAAACAUCAAUGACAUUUCCCUCAGCGGCUACAGGCAGGAGGCUAUCUGCCUAGUGAAGGGCUCCCACAAGACACUCACUCUGGUGGUGAAACGGAGAAACGAAUCGAUGAGUAGGCCUCACUCCUGGCACUCCACCAAAUUCAACGAGAGCCAAUCAGAAACUGGAAAAACACAGCCCACGCCCUCACCAGUCUGGCAAACAAGAUACGAUGCAAGUUCAUUAUCCUCUGACCUCACCACUGGCUGGGACCAGACAAAUCUGCGCAGAGUGUCAGAUCAGUUCAGUUCCUUGGGCAGUAUGGACAGCUUAGAGCAUGGCUCUCACCCCUAUCCACCUGGCCGCCUCUCUCCAAGCAAGUCUAAUGCCAACAGCAUUGAACAUUUAGGAGGUGGAAAACGAGACUCUGCUUAUAGUUCCUUUUCAACUAGCUCAGGGACCCCAGAUUAUACGCUGUCCAAAAGCAACGCAGCUUCAACUGAGAAUAUGUUGUAUAAAAUAAGCCAGUGGGACUCAGGAAGCAGGCCUAGCAACGGCAGGCACAGUCAAAACCUAAAUGAGGGGGUGCAGCAGGAUGAUAGGAUUGGAUACCUACAGCUUCCUUCCGGGACCAAUGACAGAGAAAGUCCUAAAACAGUGGAGCAGCCAGGCUACCGCCAUUCUGGUUCUGGAAAGGCAAGCAGCGGACCUGUUUGGCAUAUUCCAGACAUGAAGAAGACUAUGGCCCCUUCACCUCCACCGCCUACACCACCAACACGCAGGGAUAGUUUUGCUGCUACCAAGGUUCAUGAAAAGGGUCUGGUUCCUAGCUACCCUGAGGGCCCUGGUGUUCAUGUUCAGUCAAAGAUUCAUGUGAAAGGAGUAGACAGAGUAUCAGAGGUCUCUGACUGUACUCAAAGGAUUUACCAAGCCAGCGAAUCAGCCCUUGAAAGUUGUCAAAACUACAACCCUCCAACCAAAGGCGAAACAGUUAAUUCAUACAUAGCAGCUGAGAGCUAUAAUCAAGAAGCUCAUCAUCUAAACUCAAACAAGACAUACUCGCUGUCCACCACCGAUGUCAGAGCAGGCCAUUCAUCCUACGCCCACUUGCCAUACCAUCAACGGCAGUACAGUGAUGAAAGCACUUUCCAUGCACCGUCCAGGAUGUCCUCUAAGCCUCAGAACAUAAGUAGUUGCUACAGCAGCAUGCAGGAGUUACCUACCAACAGCCACACACUGCACUAUAGCCAGAAUCAGGUUAGGAAGCCUGUUGCAUCACUGUCCAGUACCACCAUUGACCAAAACACUGACAUCCACAGUACCAGCAGAUAUUACUGUGUCACAUCUCGACAACACCCUCCUGGGUUGUCCCAAGCCUCACUAGUGAGAGUGGAGGACUGGAAGGCUAAUUCUGUUAUAGAUGUGUCCCAUAGUGGAGAUGACAGAAGCUCUCAAGGAUUGCAGAAAGACAGGUAUACACCUCAAGUACCACUUCACCUUUCAAACACCAAAGACAGCAAUGGGUAUUACAGGCAGGUUGACAGCCAGCAUCGUACAUACACAGCAGUCAAUACCCCUUUGCUUGAUGAUGCACCAGUAAAAGCUUCAGAGGUCAGAGGAAGCCAGAAACAAAGUGUUGUGACAAACUCAGACACUCAUUUUAUCAGUUAUCCCCCUAAUGAGGAAUCUGAGCAGGGAAGAAUUGCUGCACCUCUCCAGUUGAGAGAGUCCUCCCAAGAACAUUUACUGUCUAAAAGUGGUGCACAUGUGUGUCCCCAAAACACCCCUUUGUUACAUUCUCUGUCCCAAGAGAGCAGCAGAUUGAAUGAGAACAAAGAGGAGAUGGAAAGUGAAAAUUCACAGCAGGAAUCAGUUGAUCCCCAGACCAGUAAGCAAGUGCGACGUAGUGACCGAUUUGCCACCACUUUGAGAAAUGAGAUACAAAUGAGGAGAGCUCAGCUUCAAAAAAGUCGAAGUGCAGCAGCCUUGAGUGGUUCAUUGGAGACUGAAGAAGAGCCUUCUUUCUGGAAGUCCACAGAAAACUCUGCUUCUUCGUCUGAUGGUUCCUUCACCAGCACUUAUAAGGAUCAUCUGAAGGAGGCCCAGGCACGGGUCCUUAAAGCUACUUCGUUCAGGAGGAGAGACUUGGAGCCAGUGCUGCUGGAGCACCCAGGAUCUGAAGAUCUACCCUCUGUUUGGAAGGAUACGCCAUCCAUGCCAAGUGUUUCCGAGGUCCCAUUGAGCAAAGCUACUUCAGGGGGUAACCAGGUGACCCGCAUAUGUGGCCGAAAGCGGUUUCCAGUAGAAAAGAAAGUACGGUCAUUGUCUGAGCCCGAUAAAAUUAAUGAGAUGGGUGUUGAUGAGGAGCCAGCACCUCUAGAUAAUACUGUGUCUUUAGUUGGCAGGCGUAAAUUUUUUGAGGCAAAAGGAAAACCUGCAUACCAAAAGCCUUUACCAAAGCAAAAUCAACAAAUAUCUGAUGAUCCAAGGUUGGCCAAGCCUGAAGGGAAGCCUCAGCCUGCACAAAGUGAUACAACCACAGGAGAUAGUAAUGCUAAAGCAACAGCUGCUGAGAACAGCCCUAAAGAAGGCCAGGAUGGUCCUACUGCAUUGCAUAGACUGGGCACUUUUGCAGAAUAUGAAGCCACAUGGAAAACACAGAGAAAAGUGGUGGAACCAAGGACGUCUGGAAGGUACCACUCAGCUGAUAACAUCCUUGAUCAAGCGGUGGAGCAACGGAGUAAGCCUGCCUGUUUUCACGAAAGGUCACGGUCCUCUCCUUCUGAUGACUUCUAUGGUCAGAACAUCCAAAUACAGGGAAGGAAGUCAGCUGAAUACCCUUCAUCUGAAAGAAAACUCUCUGAUCAUGACAACUCUAGCCCCAGGUUAAAUGAAAGAGGAUACAGUGAUUUAGUAUCUAAGAAUCUAGAACCUCCACCAUCACUUUCAAUUAGAGGAGACCUGGAGAAAAACCUCUGCUCAGACCCUCUACCAGCCCAUCAUAAAUCUCUUCCCAACUCUGCUUGCCCUUCUCUCUAUUUCCCUGACCACAGCAUCCUCCCUGAAACCUCCUCCUUCACCAAAAGCAAGGGCUCGAUUUCUCCGAGACCUCCCCUGCCCCGCCUGGACAAGUACAAAUACCCUGAGACCACGCCUCCUCUCUCCAGCUCUCAGGGCAAAGCCACAACUUCGCAUUCUCCUGUUAGAGAUACCACCUCCGCCCCUGUUCCCACCCAGAUUUUCUGGAAGGACCCAGAUUAUAGCAAGGGUCCGAAAAGCGAGGAGGAGCAACAAUCAGAUAUCACACCUCCUGUCCCUCCUACCCCUGCUGCUCCGCCUGUCCACCAAGCCUCUGGCCUGACCCAGCCCACCAUGGAGGGACAGCGCUCCCCCUCGCCACAGUUUGCUCCCCAGAGACUGACUGACAAACCUCCGGUGUCUGUCUCCCUGCAGGAUGAAGCCUCUGGAAGGAUGGACAGGGUGACUGACGACAACACCACAGUGAAAAAGGUGCCCAUCAAGAUAGUCCACUCCGAAAGUAACACAGAGAAAGAAAGUCGACAGUAUCUUCACCCAAGCAGUGAGACCCCACCCAGCCCACAGGGGUCCACAGUCUCAUCUCUCUCCUGCUUGGCAACCCCGAAGCAGUCCUCCUCUCCAUUCUGCACAUAUACACGGCAAAAGGACCAGGAGGCAGAAGUCCGAGACACCAUGGGCAAUCAGAAGGAGCAAGAACCUUACGCCGAUGUCACAGGGCCCCUGGAGCAGCAUGGCCAGCUGAAAGACUCCAGUGUGAAUCAGAGCAGUAAUGGGGUCUCUUCGGUUAACCUCGGAUCCUCCUCCUCCCACGCUGAGGAGGAUGAGAAGAGAGAGGUGUUGGCUAGGGACAUCAUCGACAAAGAUAAGUCUCUGGCUGAUAUUUUGGACCAGAGUAAAAUGAGGACUACCAUGGACCUAAUGGAAGGGAUUUUUCCCCAAGAAGAGCAACUGAUGGAGGAGGCUCACCAACGAAGGAGGGUUGCACCUAACCAGGCCUCAUCACGCAACUCUGAGGACAGAAGGGAGGAGGAUAGCAUGGCGGCAGUAGCAGCUUUGGUGACAAGCUCAGCUUAUUAUAGCACGUCUGCUCCCAAAGCUGAGCUAUUGAUCAAGAUGAAGGACAUGCAAGAGCAGAGCGUAGAGCUUGACUCGGAAGAGGAGCUGGAAGAGGACAACGACAGUGACCUUGCAAACAAGAAGCAUGAGCUGAUUGACAGCCUGAGCAAGAAGCUGCAGGUGCUGCGGGAGGCUCGAGAGAGUCUGCAGGAGGACAUGCAGGACAACAACGCCCUGGGGGAAGAGGUGGAGGCCACCGUGCAGGCUGUGUGCAAACCAAAUGAGCUGGAGAAGUUCCGCAUGUUCGUGGGGGACCUGGACAAAGUGGUCAGUCUGCUGCUGUCUCUGUCUGGGCGUCUGGCCCGAGUGGAGAAUGCUCUCAACAGCCUGGAGGAGGAUGCGUCACUGGAGGAGAGGUGCACACUGACAGAGAAGCGCAAGCUGCUGAUCCGCCAGCAUGAGGACGCCAAGGAGCUGAAGGAGAACCUGGACCGCCGCGAGCGUGUGGUUUAUGACAUCCUGGCCAGUUGUCUUCAGGAGGAGAGCCUAGCCGACUAUAAGCACUUUGUUAAGAUGAAGUCGGCCCUCAUCAUUGAGCAGCGCAAACUGGAAGACAAAAUCAAACUUGGCGAGGAGCAGCUCAAGUGUCUGUUGGACAGUUUGCCUCCAGACCAGAGGAUGCCUACCUGAGGACUGGUCCUGACCACACCACUGAGGGAUAAUCUUGCCUGACAGGGUGCCACAACAGCGCUGUGUUUUUGAGUGCUAUUAAAGUGAUUUCUGGCCAUAUUUCAAAGACUCUUUGCCAGAUAUGGACAAAUUGAACAGAUGUGGUUCUUAUUAGACUCUCUGCUAUUGCUGAGACCCUGAUGGUGCUGGGCGCUUUCAGAAUAGUCUUAAUGAGCAUUUAUGAACACAAUAUGAACACAGCUGUAUCACUUUCUGGAUGUUUUUGGACCUCUCCGAGCAGAACUCUACUUGGGCUACGUCUUCAACACUCUAUAUUGUGUGAUUUAAAAAAAUUGUACUGGAAGAAUGUCGAUUUAUCAAAGCGCUUACUGUAACUUGCUCUGACCGUGUUAAUACCUUGGUACUGUUAUUAUGGUGUUCUAUCCUCUCAUUCUUACUAGGGCAGUCCAGUCCAUAUUAAUCACAAGUAUAUCUCUCUUAUUGCUGUUUUGCUGUUUAACCACCAGUGGGCGAUCAAAGAUGAUUCUUUGAGUCUUCCUUGCCUCGACCCAUUGCGCAAACCACUUUUCUCCCUAGCGUAAACUUAGAGGACUUAAAUGUUACCAUUUACAGCUUAUAUUCAUAACAUUUCUUCUUUGUUUCACUCUUUCAGUAUCAAAUUCCAGUGAAACAUGUAUUUCAGGAGGUUACAACUUCCAAACCUGAUUUUUAUGAUGGUGCAUUAUUUCAUAUGGCAUCAUUCCCUGUAUGUGUCAUGCUGAAAAUAAUUCCAUGUUGUUUUAGUAAUUUAUUGUAGGCUUUUAAAUGUGUAAAUACAACUAGAGUAGGCUAGUAUUUUACUCUUUCACUUCAUUAUAGCCAAGUAAACUCUCCCUUUAGCCUACCUGCUUUUUUAUAGAAAUAUAUCUUCACACUCUGAAGUGUAACAUUUGAAAUUAGAGCUGCCUCAACAUAUGACUUUGUUUAAGGUAUCUGAGAGACUUUCCUGAGCAAUACAAGAUUUUCACUGAGGAUUGAAUGCUUGCCUAUAAAGUACUGGAUGCCUUUUGCUCAGCGUUCUGUCUCUGUGUAAUCCUUUGUGUUUUGUGAUACAUGGUACAUGAUAUUACUGAAUUUUUUUGCAUUAAUCUAUUAUUUUUUAAGGAAUGGCUUGAUACAUUGUGAUAGAUACUACUAGUGUUCUCCUUCCUCUGUGUAGCCAGCAUGUCGCACUUUGCCGAAUUAGGAAAAAUACUUUGACAUGAGCUGAGAGAUGGACUUGAUAGAGGGUAAAUUAUUUUAAUGACACUGCACAAAGUGGAACAUGGAAGAGACUGUGAGGUCCUACUUCUUGCAUACCCACAGGAGCACCAAGUUAUUUUCAGAUUGGCAGAAAUGUCCAAGUGUCCUCAAAAUCUUUUAAUCUGUGACUGGAAUGCAGAGGUACCAGAUAAGAAUAUCUCUGCAAAGUCCUUUUAGAGCAGUUUUUCAAGCAAAGAAAUCACAUCACUUCCAUACCAGACACAUUUAAAAUAAUGUUGAGCUUUAAAAGGAGCAGUUUAAAAGGUACAGUUUAAAGAUGCACUAUAUAAUAAUUUUAUCACGUCAUACGUCUUUAUGUAUUAACUUCACAUGCACAGGCUCAAAAAGAAGGCUCGAUGUUUCAGUCUCAAAUACAAAAUCAGCAUUAUACUGAUGAAGAUAUGACAGUAGAUCACUCACAUCCUCAGAGGAUGUCCUUUACCAAGUGUUGACUGAGUUCCCUUUAAAUAAUCUUUCAGUGCAUUUGCAAUCAUCAGAUUCAUCCCCCCGGGGAAGGGAUCCAAGCACAACUGAUGUUAGAAAAAAUGUGCUACCUCAUUUUGCAUGCAAUUACACAGUUCCACCAGAGAGGUCUCCAAAUUCCCAAACUUGAAAAGUGUACUUUUAAGUUAACACGUAUAGGAAAUAUGAAUCAUUUUCCUUCCAUACCAUGAUGCAUUUAUGAGUGAAAUCGAGUAUCAGGGAGGAUCUCCAAGUUGGUGGUGGGGUUAGUGAAAGGGGGAGGUGAAGUAUGAUAUUAUUGGUUAAUAUUGUUUUUCCCUGCCUGAUGGUGCGCAGAUGCAAUCAAAAUUAAGAAGAUGUUUUAAAGAUUAAUGUUUUGAAAGAAGAAAAGACUUUAAAAAUGAUGUAUUUUGCAUAAAAACUUCAGGUUGACUAACAUUUAGCACACAACAGGCAAACCAGUGAGAGGAAAUAACACGUUAUAUGGAAAAGUAAGGUUGCUAAUAUAUGUAAUAGAAAUGGCAGCAUGAUAGCUAGAAAGUUUGGUUUUCUAGGCCUCUCUUCAAAAACUUCAGGAGUGGGAGUGCUGAUCUACAAGCAGUUUUUCUGACUGACUGUCAUAAAUAUGAAGCAGUCUGAUCUGAGAUCAGCUGUAUAAUACCACUGCUUUGUGAAUAUCAACGCUAGUUUACAAAUGCACUAAAGUGUACUCAAGAGAACUUAUCUUAAAAACUGUGUGAUUACAGUGAGUGUUACUGUUUUUGGAUACAUGUGAUGGAACUGAAUAAUUUCUUGCCUGCCAGUCCUGCCUGGCUUUAGUGGAUAGGAUGUAUCAAUCAUUAACUGCAGGUCUACUUGUCCUUUUCCUAUCAGAUGUGAUAGCUGUGUUGUUAAACUUCAGUUUAUGUUCAGUUCAGUUCCACACUUGAUUUUAUGCAUCUACAAUUUUUGUGGAUUCUUCAGAGCUCAUACUUUCUGAGUGGAAGGAUGGACAGAAACACCUAUGGAUUUUUUCAGAUCUGAAGCAAGAGUGGAGCUUGAUUGUCUCCUCUCAAAUAUGAAAGCUUGACGGAAGCUGUAUGACUGCACGGCAGCCAUGUACCA